UCAGCUGUAGCUUCCGGAUGCGGUGAAACAGCAGAGAAGUAGGAAAACACCGCAUAUAUAUGGAUUGAUUAAGACAGCAGGGCGCUGUGUAUAAAUUCAGAGGACACGCCAGCACCGUCCAGAAUAAGCUCACGGAGAUAAAUGUUCACGCUGGGAUCUGCGUCUUAACAGUGCUUUGCGUCGUACGUCUGUGAGCGAGCCGUAUCUUCACUGAGUAGCCGUGUUUAUGUCUUCUUGCUAGCUUAAGCCAACGUAGCAUUAGCUGGGACGCGCAGAAAAAUAGCGUCUCUCCAUGAGACGAUAGUAAGACUUGUAGUUGCUCUUAUUCUUUAUAGAUCAUUCCUUCGUACAGGGGAGUUAUAGCGAUGCUCGUGUUUGUAAUGUAAAAGUUUGUUUUGGUCGCUUUGAGGUCAGAACUUUUAUGUGAAACGCGGCUUCCAAACUGACAGCAAGGUAUUAAAAACUGAAAACAGUUCCUGGUAUUAUUUUUUUUAAGGUAUCCGGGACACGUUUGGACAGGAAAAGCGCGUCAUUCGUCAGCUUCUGUUCAAAUGCACAAAAUGGGUGGAAUUUGGACUUCAGUCACUACAAAAAAAAUACAGCAGAUACGUUGUAAAUAACACUCCCCUGUCAGCCGGAACGCUCCAAGUCUUUUUCCUUGUUCAGCGACAGUAUCCCGUGUUUGCAUUUGCCUGAAGUGGAAGGAAGGCUUCCUUGUUUUUUGUUUCAACACAGCUCGUUUCUCUUUAACCACAAGCUUCAGCUCAACAGUGAAGGAUGAAUGGCCUCUCUCUCAGUGAGCUCUGCUGCCUGUUCUGUUGCCCGCCUUGCCCGAGCCGCAUUGCAGCCAAGCUAGCUUUCCUGCCCCCAGAGCCCACGUACACCUUUCUGCCAGACCCAGAGGCGGGCCCUGCUGCACCAGGGGCAACGGGGACAUCCAGCCUGCGGUCACGGAGCGGCGCUUCAGUUUCUGGAAGUGGAAGUGGAGGGACUGGGGCCGUGGAGGGGAGAUGGAAGCUUCACUUGACAGAGCGAGCAGAGUUUCAGUACUCUCAGAGAGAGCUGGACAUGACGGAAGUGUUUCUCGCUCGAUCCAGCCGAGGGAACAGAAUCGGCUGCAUGUACAUUCGCUGUGCUCCUAAUUCCAGGUUUACAGUGCUUUUCUCCCAUGGCAAUGCAGUUGACCUCGGCCAGAUGAGCAGUUUCUACAUCGGCCUUGGCACUCGUAUCAACUGCAACAUCUUCUCCUACGACUACUCGGGCUAUGGCGUCAGCACUGGCAAGCCCUCUGAGAAGAAUCUGUAUGCAGACAUAGACGCUGCCUGGCACACCCUGCGUACACGGUAUGGCAUAAGCCCAGAAAAUAUUAUCCUUUAUGGACAGAGCAUUGGUACAGUUCCCACUGUAGACCUGGCGUCACGGUAUGAGUGUGCCGCCGUGGUUCUUCACUCACCUCUAACAUCUGGUAUGAGAGUGGCGUUUCCUGACACAAAGAAAACCUACUGCUUCGACGCUUUCCCCAACAUUGAAAAAGUGUCCAAAAUCACUUCUCCGGUGCUCAUCAUCCACGGGACAGAGGACGAGGUGAUUGACUUUUCCCACGGCCUGGCCUUGUUCGAGCGCUGCCCCAAGGCUGUGGAGCCUCUCUGGGUCGAGGGAGCGGGACACAACGACAUUGAACUAUACAGCCAGUAUCUGGAGCGCCUGCGCCGCUUCAUAGGACAGGAGCUGGCGGUACAGCACGGCUGACCGUCACCACUAGAGUCGUCAUCUUCGUAAUUACCACGUUUCCUGGUCCAACUCAACGCCUCACCUGUUUGUGUCCAAGAUAGUGAGAGAAAUCAUCUGAACCGUCUUAACCGUCUUUCUUCUCACCAUUGCUACUAGGAGUGUAACAAGUGCACAUACUUUAAUGGUUCAUUUUCAGGACGCAGUUUACCUUUAAUGGAUCGUGGAUCAUUUGGACACAGAGGAAAAGAGGCGUCUCUUCAUAAUCACCGUGGAGACUGUUGGGGGGGGUUUUUGUUUCUUUUAUCAGGAACUUUUAAUACUGCAGCUGCUAUAUGUUACAGGACAGCAGAUGUUUGCCUGUACUGUGCAAUAACAUGAAAAAGAGGGAAAGUUUUUCAGUGAUAGAUGAAAAACAGAACAGCAAACUGAUGACAUCUUAGUCCAUCUGGAAAGCUUCUGUCAGCCUUCUCAGCAUACAGCGUGAGUGUAACUUUAAUUUCGGCUUGCACCUUUUUAUUAGAGGACUCUCUAUACUCUGAGAUGCAUUGGUUUGCGUUUGUUUGCUCUUUACAUUAAAUUAGUUGCACCUGUAUAGUUAAAUGGAAACCAGUUUAAAAACAUUACGAUAUAUGGAGUUUUAAAGGAGUUCAUUUACCUCCGUUUUGUUGGUGUAGCAUCAGACUGCAUUCUGUUUAAAAUUGUUUCCAACAAGCACUCAUGCAGGUUUAGGGGUGGAAGAAACUGGUGACUGGUUUUUAAGCUUGGGUAAAAAAAAAAAAAAUGAAAACGAUGCUAACAUAAAUAUGAGGUUCUAUUUUGAGUCUCUAAUUUUGCUUUUAAUGUACUGAACUUUUUGCUCAGGUAACUUUUAGACAUUAGAUUCUGUUUUAUACGCAUUCAGUUAAAGCUCGUCAGAUGCUUUGAGCAAAGAUUUUCAAUAGCAAGUUCACCCAGCCUGAAAUCUUUCAUUAUAACAAAGCGUUCAACCAAACUUUGAUCCUAAAUCUGAGGUGCAGUCCAGACCGAGAGCUUGUUGAGCCGUUGAUGCCCCUAACUUUUCUCUGUAACACAUCUGUGUCUCACUGGUGCAGUGGGAUUGGCUGUGUAAAAGAUGAAGUGGCUCAGAAGGAAAAUUCCUCCAAUUCUUUCAUUUAAUGGAAUGUCUACGAGUCCAUUAGCCCUGUCCAUUUUGUUUUAGUAUUGUUUAUGCCUCACACUACUGGGUCACAGCUGUCGGCCACGCUCCUGCUCCUUUCAGUGUCCGAAACAGGAGAACAACACUAAAAUGAAACAGAUCAUGGUUUCACGCAUCCUGUUUUUAAUCUUUAUCGUUAUUUCUUCAGAACUUUUAGACACCCAUAUUACUCAUCUGCACCCGAUCAUGAGGGGUAUUUUUCUUCUUCUUCUUCUUUCAGGGUAGAUGGUGAGAGAGAACUGAUUCAGGUCCACGUUCUGGACCGGAAACAUCUGUUUAAUCACAGUACGGCAACAUGUGCUAGGGUUUUUUUUUUGUUUUGUUUUGGUUUUUUUUACAUGUUAGCAGAUUUAUGAAAAGAGUUUAGCAGGAAGACUAACACUUUCAUCUUUUGAAGUUUGACAGUGUUGACACUUUUUUUUUUUUUUUGUGGUCAAGCAUGGCAUUAGGAUUGACUGCCAUUCUGUGCUGUGGUGGCAGGAAACACUAAACAUCAAAUAGGAUUUGUGUUGCAGAUCAUCUCUUUUCAAGUCUCUAAUUUAGCCUUUAUUACAGCUGCUUAUAUUAUUAUUCUGUCUAUGCAUACAAAGCCUGAUUAGUGGUUAAAGGGGACCUUUUAUGCUUUUUCCUUAUGUAUGUGGUAUAUCUGUUGUUAAAUAUCACCAAAGGUUCAAACGAUCCGGUGAGCCAAGCUCAGACUUCAGACUGCUCAAAAAUGCUCAGGUUCACAUUUCUUGUCUGUACUCUUGGCUCUGUGUGAUGUCAGUGAGGGCCAAGUAUGUUUAGCAUGAUCUUCUCAGAAACACAGAUAAGUUCCUGAGCACAGCAACCCAACCCACCUGCUGUUCAGAGACAGCCAAUCAGAAACCAGGGUUGCAGCGCUGAGCUGAUGCACUGAGGUCUCGUAUAAGAGAAAUAAGGAUUGUUUUUUGACUGUGGACUCUUUUAGAGCCCAAGAAUAAAAAAUCUGGAGCUGGAAAGCAGCAUAAUGGGUCCCUUUUAAGUAUUUUUACUUAAGCAUAUCUUCUUAGUAACUCUUGAUUUUGCUAUACUUACAUGUUUUACAGUCCAUUUUCUAUCUACUGGUAAUAUUUUUGAACUGAAAAGUCAAGCAUGUUACUUUGCAGUUAAUUGAUCUCACUAAAUAUCACUAACCAGUAAACAGGAAACUGUCCUAUCCUGCCUCGUACCUUUUUGUGAUGAAGAGAAAUGGUGCAAAAAUGAUACUAAAUAUGUCAUUGAAUCCUGUUCGAGUCACUGUAGGUGGCUCAUAAAAGAAAAAAUGAUCCGUUAUGGGUUUGUUUUGUUUGUGUUUUUGUUGAUGGUGCCCACAGCAAACCACCAAAGUUUUAAACUGUAACCAAAAUUGUAAUAUUUAUGAUUUAAAUUGUAAAUGAAUCAAGUGUUUUUUGCAUAAGUGAAUUGUUGUAUUUGAACCUUAGGCACGAGUGUUGCAUUAUUAGGCUUAUUAGGUGAAAGCUCAGAUUAGAGCUAUUCUUUAAAAAAAUGUUGAAGAUAAAUUUUUAGGCUUUUGCUGUCGAUGUUCAAACCAAAGGAGGGUUUUUUUUUUUGUGUGUGUGUGUGUUUGUGCUUUACCCAGUUUACCUGUUUAUGUUUUGUAUCUUAUAUAAAGAUGUUCAAACUGAAUUUAUUUUAUCAUCUUGUACCUAUCUUCACAUUUGGAUACAGAUUCAUUGUAAAUGUCUCCACUUGCUAAAUAAUCGUGUUUUUAUCCUAUCACGUUUGCUUUUAAAUGUGCAGGAACAGAAUAUGAAUUUCAUAAAUUAACCAAAUUGGGAUUUUUUUUUUUUUUUGUCUUUUUCUUUUCCAAGCUGUUUAUAAUUUUUCAUUUGUGCAGGACUUCACCAAAGUAACAGAGCAAAACCAUGUGUGUUUGAAUAUGUUUAUGUGGAGUGAUGAAAGAAAAUGAAAGAGCGGUUUCAUGCCGACACAUGAAAAGUUUUUAUUGAAAUGUGUGGAUUUCUGCUGAGGACUGUUGCGAUGCAGUUCUGGGUAUCAUUUUCAUCAUCAAACAUUCUUAUCAAUUGUUUAUUAUACUGACAGUUUUUUAGUUUUGAAAGUUGUUUUUUUUUUUUUCCAUGAAUUAAAGAGAAUAAGUUAAUCAUAACCAGAAGUUGAUAUCAAAUGUGAUUCUUUCCAUCUUUUUAACUUAAAAAAAAAAAAAAAAUUCAGUCUACGUAUCUUUGCCUGAAUCUGCUAGAGAAGAGUGUUUUCCGCAGCACUCUGUUGUGUGUGUGUGUGUCUCAUUCAGUCCCUGAUUUUCCACUCAUGGCAAACCUGGCACUCGCUGAAUAAAGACCUGUCUGUAGUGAAAAGCCUCAUGGGGCUGAACAAGGAAGAUCCAAGAACGGCUCGGGUGAAUAAAUG